AAGGAUCUCAAGACACACAAUAAUACAUUCAUUUUAUCAAUCUAUCAUCUAAAACAUACACAUUGUAAUAAACAAAAAAAUAAGAUCAAUCUUUAAACCAACUAAAGUAGAAGAAGAAGAAAAAAAAAAUGGGAAAGAAAGCAGUGUUGAUCGGGUGCAACUACGCAGGAACAAAAGCAGAACUACGAGGAUGCAUUAACGAUGUGAAACGUAUGCAUCAAUGUCUGAUUGAGAGGUUCGGGUUUUCAGAGGAAGACAUAAAUGUUCUGAUUGAUUCAGACGAGUCGUACGUGAAGCCAACUGGGAAAAACAUAAGAAAAGCGUUGGCUGAUCUGGUGGGGUCAGCUGAAGCAGGUGAUUAUUUGUUCGUACAUUAUAGUGGUCACGGGACUAGACUUCCUGCUGAAACUGGUGAUGAUGAUGAUACUGGUUAUGAUGAGUGUAUUGUUCCUUGUGAUUUUAAUCUCAUUAACGAUGAUGACUUCAGGGAGCUUGUUGAUCAAGUGCCUCAUGGUUGCAGAAUCACCAUUGUGUCAGAUUCAUGCCACAGUGGUGGGUUAAUCGACGAAGCUAAAGAACAAAUUGGUGAGAGCUACAAAAACGAUACUGAUGAACAACAAGAAAGUGGAUCUGGAUCUGGUUUUGGAUUUAGAAGUUUCUUGCAUAAAACUGCUGAGAGUGCAUUGGAAUCCCGUGGCAUUCGCCUCCCUUCAGGGUUGCGCCAUAGGAAUCGUGAUGAAGAUGAAGAAGAAGAGCCAGAAGAAACCUAUGAAGGCGAUCUUCAUGUCAAGAACAAAUCUUUACCUCUUUCUACCCUCAUUGACAUACUAAAACAACAAACUGGCAAAGAGGAUAUAGAUGUUGGAUCUGUGAGGCCGACAUUGUUUGAUAUGUUUGGUGAAGAUUCGAGCCCAAAGGUGAAGAAGUUCAUGAAGGUCCUCUUGAAUAAGUUCCAAGGGAACAACGAAUCCGGUGGUGGUGGUAGUGGCGGUUUUCUUGGAAUGGUGGGUGGUUUGGCUCAGGAAUUCCUCAAACAAAAGCUGGAAAACGACUCAGACUAUGCAAAACCCGCAAUGGAUACAAACGUUGGUAGGAAAGAAGAUGCAUAUGCCGGAUCAAACAAACGUGAUCUACCUGAAAAUGGCAUUUUGAUCAGUGGGUGCCAGACCCAUGAGACUUCAGCUGAUGCUACGCCAGGUGGCAAGCCUGAUCAAGCAUAUGGGGCACUUAGCAAUGCAAUUCAAACAAUUAUUGAAGAAUCAGAUGGGAAUGUUAGUAAUCACAUGCUCGUGACUGAGGCUAGGAGGUUGCUAAAGAAACAGGGGUUCACUCAACACCCGGGUCUGUACUGUGACGACAACCAUGUUGAGGCCUCGUUUGUGUGCUAAGAUAGUAAGUGAUUGUGUUACUUGAUACAAGCUAUGAUAUUGUGAGCUUCAUAAGGAAGCGUUUGGUAUACUUUCUUUUUCUUUCUUUUUUUUACUCGAGUGAUGGUUUUGGAUAUUAUAUCUGGACUGAAAUUUGUGGAUCUGAGUUGUUCUUGUACCUGUAUGUUUUUGUUUUAUACUUAAUAUAAACAGAGUUGUAAUUUCUAAAACACUUAAUAUAAACAGAGUUGUGAUUUCUGUUUGAUGGCAAAA